AACACACCCUGCCAGGUGUGAAUGCAUAGAACAGAUCUGAAGCCAAGGUUUGAUGCCUCUGCCCACAAGGCUGUCACUCCCAGGCACCCCUGAGUCACCACUGACACCAGGCAGAAUGCCUUUUUGAAGAACUCCCCCCACAACCCUUGUCUUGAGGACAGGCACCCCAGGUCCUCUGAACGAUGCUGGUGCGGCCCUAGGCCCAGACCCUACAUCAUGACCUGUUGGCUACGCAUGCUGGGCUUGCACCUCCUGCUGCUGCCCACAGUGCCAACCCCUGCAGGGGGCUGCCCAGCUCGCUGUGAGUGUUCCAUGCCCACCCGCACAGUGGCCUGUGGUCGCCGCCGCCUGACAGCCAUCCCAGACAGUAUCCCAGUGCAAACACGCCUGUUGGAACUCAACCGCAACCGCAUCCGCUGUCUGAACCCAGGGGAUCUGGCCUCACUGCCCUCCCUGGAGGAACUGGACCUCAGCCACAAUGUGAUCGCCCACGUUGAGCCGGGUGCCUUUGCCAACUUGCCCAGUCUACGCAUCCUGCGUCUCCGUGGCAACCAACUGAAGUUGAUCCCACCGGGGGUCUUCACACACCUGGACAACCUCACUCUACUGGACCUGAGUGAGAAUAAACUGGUUAUCCUGUUAGAUUACACGUUCCAGGACCUUCACAGCCUACGGCAGCUUGAGGUGGGUGACAACGACCUGGUUUUUAUCUCCCGAAGGGCCUUUUCAGGUCUUCUGGCUCUGGAGGAGCUGACCCUGGAGCGGUGCAACCUCACAUCACUGUCAGGAGAGUCACUGGGCCACCUGCGAGGUCUGGGCACCCUGCGUCUCCGCCACUUGGCCAUUGCGGCCCUGGAAGAGCAGAACUUCCAGAAGAUUCCAGGACUCUCGCAUCUUGAGAUAGACAACUGGCCACUGCUGGAGGAGGUGGCCGCAGGCAGCCUGCGGGGACUCAACCUGACAUCACUAUCUGUCACCCACACCAACAUCACUGCUGUGCCGGCUGCCGCGUUGCGACAGCAGGCCCAUCUGACCUGUCUCAAUCUGUCACACAACCCCAUCAGCACGGUACCCCGAGGCUCCUUCAGGAACCUGGUCAGGCUCCGGGAGCUGCACCUGGCUGGGGCCUUGCUGGCUGUGGUGGAGCCCCAGGCCUUCCUGGGCCUGCGACAGAUCCGCCUGCUCAACCUGUCAGACAAUCUCCUGUCCACCUUGGAAGAGAACACUUUCCACUCAAUCAACACAUUAGAGACGCUGCGCGUGGAUGGCAACCCGCUGGCUUGUGACUGUCGCCUCCUGUGGAUCGUGCAGAGACGUAAGACCCUCAACUUCGAUGGCAGGCUCCCAGCCUGCGCCACCCCAGCUGAGGUGCGAGGUGAUGCUCUGCAAAACCUCCCAGACUCUGUCCUCUUCGAGUACUUUGUGUGUCGCAAACCCAAGAUCCGAGAGAGGCGACUGCAGCAUGUGGCAGCCAAUGAGGGUGACAAUGUGCGUUUUCUGUGCCGGGCUGAGGGCGAGCCAGCACCCACCGUGGCCUGGGUGACACCCCAGCAUCAGACUGUGACAGCCACCAGCGAGGGUCGGGCACGUGUGCUGCCAGGAGGCACGCUGACCAUCGCAGACUCGCGGCCCCAAGACAGUGGCACCUACACGUGCGUGGCCAGCAAUGCCGGAGGCAAUGACACCUACUUUGCCACGCUGACUGUCAAGCCAGCUGCCAACCGGACCCAGGGCGAGGCUCAUAAUGAGACCCAGGUGGGCAUGCGCUUCCCACUGGAUCUGACCACCAUCCUGGUGUCCACUGCUAUGGGGUGCAUCACCUUUCUAGGGGUCGUCCUCUUCUGUUUCCUGCUGCUCUUUGUGUGGAGCCGAGGCCGCGGACAGCAUAAGAACAAUUUUUCCAUGGAAUAUUCUUUCCGAAAGGUGGACGGUCCAGCGGCAGCAGCUGGCCAGGGUGGUGCACGCAAGUUCAACAUGAAGAUGAUUUGAGGCCUAUCUUGGAGUGUGGGGUGUGGGUGUCGGGGGUGAGAACCUCCUAAGCCUCGUUCAGCUCCAGAUAAUUUCCACCUAUGCAUAUAUGUUUUUUUCCUCAGGGGAAGCACAACGGCUACAAGUCAAUUCAUGGGCAGAACUUCCCCGUUUUUUGGGUAGACAUUCAUCUACUGGACUGUUUUUGCACAGGUCAAAUCUUUUGCAAUUUCUGAAGUAUUUUCUAACAGUUUCAACUUGUCUCACCACUCUGUGCUGGGUUUCUUGGCUGGGACCCAUGGCGGCUGUGGGGAGUCAAAAUUCAGGGUCCCCUCUGCAGGUGCCCCUCUGCAGGUGGACAGUGGUGGUGCAGAGGGAUUCUGACACCAGGCAGGACCAAGGCAGGACCCAGUAGCCUCCCCUGAAUACACUCAGUGACUCCUCCACUUCUGCCAGGUCAGUUAGGAGACUGUAGGGAGAGGGGAUACAGGACACCUCCUGGCAUGUGGUCACAAACCAGGAGGGAACAACGGAAGAUGAAGAUGUGGGAUGAAGGGUCUCUACGGCAGCUCUGCUACCCUUUGCCCAACUAUGAGAUCUGAGAUCCACUGGGACCCUCCCUGUCUUCCUCUAUGGAGUGGAUCUGAAUGUCUGGAGAGCCAGCUCAGGGGUUGGGAGCACUGGCUGCUCUUUGCAGAGGACCUGGGUUCUAUGCCCAGCACCCAUAUGGUGG